AUGUCGGUCAAGACAGUCGGGUACAUCGGCCUGGGCAAGGCUGGAGCCUCGAUGGCGUCCAACUUGCCACGCGCAGGCUUUCGUCUGAUUGUCCGCGACGCUGACCCGGAGCGGGAGCAGAAAUUCGCCCAGGAGAACCCCAACACGUCUGUGGCUGAGAAGGGCGUCGAAGGGUUCAAAGACUGUGAUGUGGUCGUGACGAUGCUGCCACAGGGGAAGGUGGUCAGAGAGGUAAUUCUGGGCGAGGAUGGGAUUGCAAGAGGCCUGAAGCCUGGAACCAUAAUCGUCGACACAUCAUCGUCCUCACCAUUCGACACCCAGAGCCUAGGCAAAGACCUCGAGGCAUUGGACUUCAUCCUGGUCGACUCCCCCGUCACGCAGGCACAUCUGCACGACACCGACACGGGAGACGCAACGCUGAUGGUGGGUUCCGACUCGCAAGAAGCGGUGGAGAAAGUGCUCCCGGUGCUGCAGGCGAUGGCCAAGUACGUCUUCCACAUGGGCAAGCUCGGGUCCGGCCACGUCAUGAAGACGUUGAACAACUACAUCAGCGCGGCGUCGAUCGUGGCGCUGUCGGACGCGCUGGUCACGGGCCAAAAGUUCGGCCUGGACCCCGUGCAGAUGAUCGACGUGCUGAACGUGGGCACCGGCCGCAACUUCUCGACCACCGACAGCUACAAGACCGACGCCCUGCCCCGGCGCUACGCCUCGGGCUUCCAGCUGGCGCUGCUCAUCAAGGACGUGGGCAUCGCCAAGGAGGUCUUUGACAACCUGCACUUCGACACCGACAUGCCCGAGAUGAUCAUUCGCUACUUCAAGCAGUCGAUGGCCAUGCUGGAGCCGACCGCCGACCACACGGAGCUGCUCAAGGGGUGGGAGAAGAGGGCUGGAGUGGAAUUGAAGACGGGCACGCCAGACGGAUCUAGCGUGACGGUGCUGAAGAAGUGA